UUCGUUAUCACGAACUGUGACGCAGCCCGCAACUCUUCUGUCUUGCCACUCUCUCUCUACUUCUGUCUACCCCCAGUAUUCUUCCUCUCGUCUCAUUGGCUUCACCAUCGUUAUCCGUCUUUCUUCCCAUCUCAGAUUCACGCUUCCGUCGUCACGCGUGCUGGUAGCGGAUCUCAAUAGAUCUUGCUCUUAAAAGGCUUGAGGUCCCAGGCGGUCCCCAGUCCCAUCUACCGGCGGAAACCUUGUGCAGGAUGGAAUCUACGAGUUACAAUCCAAUAAAUUUGAUGAUGGAUACGACACCCAUGUCCCCCGACGCGCCCUCAUUUAUGACCGGUCCAGGCGAAGUCUCCCUCCCUGUUCUUGACCCUUUGACUCCGAUAUCGGAUGCACCUAUGUCCAUGCCAAUCCACGCAUCAUUAUCCUAUCUGCAGGCUCCAGCGCUCACCAAGUUCACCGAGUUCGCACCCCCGCAGUAUUCGAUGAUGGAACAGGCUCCGGUUGACGUCCUGGCCUGCGCCAUGCCGCCUGCGCCGCCCAUCGUUCCAUCUAUGGUUCCUGCCAUUGCAUCACCGGCAGCCUAUGGUAUGAACACUGCGUCCUCUCUGGCGACUGCGCUUGACCCAGGAGCUAUGAUGCCCACAGUUCGCAGCCGUGCAAACACGCUCUCCUCUCUGCCGUCUUUCGUUCCCCCUUCCAUGACACCAACCUUUGAGGCUCCGCCCAAGGAUCACGUCGUGGGAAGCAUGCUCAAAAGCAUUGCGGGUGUCAUCAACAGCGCAGGAGACGCAUGUCAUCAGCACCAGACAGCACACCCAUUGACCCCAGGGGACGAACACAAAACGCGACAAGUGAUUGCCCAGAUUAACGAUCUCAUUCAUGGCAUGGGUUUGCCGACGUCGCAAGAGCAGUCCCGAAAGCGUCAGGCACCGGAGAGCGCUCCCAGCGAGCAACCGCUGAAGAAGAUCCUCAAGCCUGAGCCCGAGGAUGUCCCGCUGCCCCCUGUUCUGCCGACGCCUGCUCCAUUCUUGCGUACACAGGUGCUGUCCCGCUCGCAGCCGCCGUCCCGACCGCACAGCCCCCCGAACGUCAAGCCUGCAGUGUCCAAUUUUCGACCCUCACUACCUGCGGCCUUCCCUGCAUUCGGUCAUGAGACGGCACCCCGCUUCGGACACACGUUCAGACACAGACACUCGCAGUCGAUGGGUUCCAUUCCUCGCGAGGCACAUGGGUUCCAUUCGACACCGACUCCUGCUGGGCGGAUGACUCGGACCGGACACUAUAUGCCCGAGUAUGGUUGGCCGCCGAAUCUUGUCUCGCCAAAAUCAGCCCCGCCGCUGACGACUUUACCGACUUUGGCCAAGUUCUCUUAUCCGGCACCGGCUGAAUCCGUUUCUCCGACUGCGAUCGCUGAAAAGAUCUUUGAAGAAGAUGAGGAGGAAAAUGAUGGCGAUCUGGAUGAUAAUGACACAGCGAGUCCUUCAGGAAGCUCGAUUCUGCCUGCGCAUUCCACGACGGGUUCUUCGGACAUCCCAGCGGAAUACCGCAGUGACGUGGAAAGGCUGUUUCUGCAAUAUCUCAAUCGUGUCUGUUCUGAUCUGGAGGCUACUGACAGCAAGGGCGAUCUGAUCCAUCAACCCUUGAUGCCCAAGAAAAUGCAAAAGCUGGACGAAUCCACCGAUUUCCGGCCCUUCAAAUUUCGCAUUCAAGCAUUCACGACAGGAUUCUUGGACGAGCUCGCGGAGAAUGGAUUUCCGGAAGAGAAGAUUCCGAUGAAACGCAUCCGGGGCUAUCUUUGGCGUCAGCCGUUCAUUCUGCGCUACAACGAAGAGGGGAAAAAGGCCAAGUCCAAGGGCAACCACGUCUGGAAUAUCGAAGCCAAGAAGCUAGGAGAUGGACAAUGGGAUUUCCGACCAUUCCAUCGCAAGAUCACGGGUGACGCUCAGAGCAUCGCCUACUGCGGACUAUUGUGGUCAUGGCAGCCCCGGAUCUCAGACCCGCAUGCGUGUUGGAAAAACGUGCCUGUGCAAUACAGUUCGCCAUCCCUUCCACCGUGGCUUUCCUGGAAGGACGAUGUGCUUUCCGGCACUCCGCCGGCCAAUGCCGAGAGCUGUGAGGUCAUCACGCACGCCAAGUACACCCUGGACGGACAAGAGGGUGUGUUGUCUCGGACGUUCCUCUUGACGAUCGCGCCACUAGUUUCUACGGAGAAUUCGUUUGUUCCGCAGCGUCCGAUGCUCACCCCGAGGACCGUCAGCGACUCGGCGGUUCCUACCUGGACCUGCGCCACGCCUCGAACGGUCCCGCUUGUGACUGAUGGGGAAGACGGCGCUCGAGUGAAAAUGGUGCUCGAGCAUGUGGCCCAGCGACUGACGUUUGAGACACAACUUCCCGGCCAGUCCAGCAUCCAGGACCGGCUUGCAGAGCAGACGGUCAACGCAUGCUUAGACGACUACGAGUACUCGAGCGAGGAGCCGCAAAAGACGCACGAACUUGCCGUGGCCGGGCAAAACGUGGUCGCCCAGGCCGCCGAGUACAUCGUGCGGAACAAGCCUGAGGCUGUGCUGAACACGGCGUCCGCGGUGCAGAACAAUGUGUCUGCGGUGCAGAAUGUGACGACGGAAGAGUUGGUCACGACCACCCAGCAGGCCAUCGCGGAAGCUGUGAAAAGCACACACAACCCGUACAACGUUGACGAGCUGUCGAUUCUGCUGCUUGCUUGCCGCAUGCUGGAUCCGUCGCCACCGGUGGUGGAAUACUACCACCAGUACGACCUGGCCAUGCCCACUCAGGGCCCCGAGUGGUAUAGCAGGCCUGCCGCGGCUUACGUGUAAAUCUCUCUCUCUUUGGGACUGUUUGUCAAGGGACUGUGUUUCUUCCUGGGACUGUAGGGUAGAAUCAAUGUAUUCAUCGUACCGCGCCAAGCGAUUGUAUCUGUAACAUGUAUACUAUCAAUUAUGAUGCGUUAAACACCGUAUUCUCACACAUCUCGCAUUGGCUCAGAUCGACUCGGUUCGAGUAGGUGCAGGUGGCACAGAUCUUGCCGGUCUCGGGUUCUGCUUGCGACGGACUGGGCGCUCUCGCCGGACUGCUCGCUCUCAGCGGACUCGACCUCCCGAGGAUGGUUCCCCCGAAUCCACCGCCCUCCUCUCUCCGCCUCUUCCGUUUUGGAGCCUCGUCAGAA